UUUUCUUACCAUCGAAAAUGUUGCCUUUGAAAGACUAUCAGCGUAGUGACAGUUGUGAUAUUGCCUUCUAAAAAUAAUGGAUGUUUCGCGCAAGGCGCGGUAUACGGAUACCUCGUACCUCAUCUUCCAGCAGUUGGACAAGGGUGGCGUACUAUACGCGUUCCCACUCGUCGUAGGUCUGAUACAGCGUUCACCGAAGAAAACUUCACCUAGCAGUGCUCCAUCCUCGCCGAAACCUCGGUGCGACGUCAAUGAGGCACUGGUGAUCGAUAGCCCGGAGGAGUCGAUCCUGGGCAAACACAAGAAGCCCAACAGCUACAAGGCGAAGGAUACGCGUAAACCGGCCGGCAGUGGUAUACCGCGCCGUCAGAGCAAAAUCGCCGAGAAGCGUAAAAACCGGCGUAGCUUGGAGCUGAAGGCAGUGGAGGAGGUAUCGCGCGAAGAGGAAGAAACCAAAGAGGAAGAGGACGACCGUAGGCAGGAAGAUGAAACGAAGGUGCAGGUCUGUGAUAUAUCCGGCCGUGCGGCGAAUGGGUCCCUCAACCCGUCCACCAAUCAGCCACGAACGUUCAGUGUUAUCAGCAGUGACGAGCCGGACAGUGUGCAGAAGGACAUACAGGUGGCGGUGGACUUUCAUCAUCGACCCAACUCGGAGGUGGAACCGUUCCGAUCGAGCCUGAUCGAGGCAAACAAUAAUGAUUUGCGGUGUAAAACGGCCAACGAACCGGAUCGUUGCCGCGAUUCGGAUGUAGAAUCUGUCAGUACGCUGACACCAAGCAUCGGUCCCGGGACGGAGGGGCGGAGCGAGGAUGGGACGCAGGCGGAACCGUCCGGACCGCAGCGAAUGUUGGCGCCCGGUGUACAGAUUCGGCGCAAACAGUAUCCAUACGAACCGUGCUAUCUGGUCGGGUCGGAGUUCAGUGACACGAGCGAUUUCACUGAUACCGCCAGCAGCGUCGCCAGUGACCUAGAUGAGACCGAGUAUGCUCGGGUUGAGCUGCGUAAGAAAAAUGGCCGCGAAGAGGAACAGCAGCAGGCAAUCAACAAGUACAAUUCACUACCAUUGCAUGCGAUCAACGGUCAGCAGCAUCAGCAGCAACAGCAACAACCUAGGCCAACCACCAACCUGAACCAUGUAAAUAACAACCACUACCACAAUUAUUCGCUUCAACCGUACUACAACCGGCCGCCACAGCAGCAACAGCAGCAUCAAUCGCCACAUCAGCAUCACUCGUAUCCUGUCACACGGAUCGCGGAAGAACCCCAAACGCUGCGGCUCAACUACGUCACCGAGCGGAUACUCGCGUCAACCUUACCGGCCCGGCGGCUUCAGAAUGGAUCAUCGUCACCGCACGCCUCCAACGGUUCGCUGCCGGCCGACGAGCACGAGCGCGAACUCAUCAGCAUGCUGGAACAGAAGCAUAAGCAGAACUACCGGAUACUGGAUCUGGAGUCGCGUCUCGUCAACAUUACGCUCGAGAAGCUGUGCGAGCUGUGCAAAUACAUCGAUUCCUGGCUGGGCAGCGGCAAGGAAAAGAUCGUCGUACUGCAGGACAGGGAAGAUAAACAUCGGCUCGGGACGGCGAUCGCCGCUUACCUGCAGUAUCAAAAAAUCUGCGGCUCGAACAUUCCGCAGGCUGGCGGUCACUCGAAGAAUUCCCUUUCGCCCGGUGGCAGCACGGAUAGUGGUCGCAAAACACCCACCUGGUUGGAUUUGGACAUCUUCUCGAUGCAAAAGUUUCUCGAAUCGUUUGCCAACCCUCUGCGCAUUCCUUCCCACAAAAGAUACAUUCAAUACUUCUCCGGACUGCUGUCGGGUGUGAUCAAGUUGAAUUCGUCCUCCUUCUUCCUGAAAGCGAUACGGGUCGAAUCUCCGCCAUGUUUGCACUAUCGUGCCAUAACCGUCAACAGCGAGUGGCGCAGCUUCAUUAAAAUUUUCGAAGGCGUCCGGUGUCUUUUCACGUCCGACAUCUACGUCAUACCGAUCACGACGCGGCACUUUAUCUACGAGAUAAAGCACCCGCUACGGUUGCGCGGUGACAUCCUGGUGCGGUGCUACCAGAUCAUACCAAAUAACAACAAGGCGACGUACGAGAAGGAGCUGAUCGCGUCCGUGCAAUUUCACACAUGUGCCAUAACCGAAAAGGAAGUACAAUUCAAAAAGGGAGAUCUAGACUGGGCGUGCGAAGAUGAGCGCUUCUCGGCGGAACAUACGAUGACGUUCUGUUUCGACACCGUACCAAACGAACGGCCCAUGAUUCUCGUUUUCCAGGAUCCACUCGUCAGGAUAGAACCGAUCGCGGAGAAUGGCGAUCAUCUGGAAACGAUUAACGAGGAUGAGUCCGGCCAUACGCAGGGUCCGCUGGAUGGAUCACUGUACGCGACCAUACUGAAGAGCCCAAAGUCUCCGACCGCACCGCAUCUCAUCUCACCGCCGGCCGAGUUUAGCAACGGCAAAGCGCCACUGCUGAACGGCACCGGUCCACCACCCGUGCCGGAACGUUCGAAGACACCGAACUCGAUCUAUCUCAGUCACAACGGAACGCCCCGCAGUACGCCCGUACCGUUCGCCGUGGCACCACCGCCACCGGCAAGUCCCGCGUUCGGGAACGAGAGCAAGAGUACGGCGAACAGCGUACGGGCCGUGUCCACCAGUGCGAACAGCAGCUACAGCUCGUAUCAAAGUCCGGGUGCGCCUGAUGCUGGUGGCAAGGUUCGGCCUUCCGCUACGCAGGUUGAUGGGCGCGAGUCGGUGCGCAGUCCGCUGACGGUGUCCAUGGACUCGGGCAUCUCGAGCAGUGGCCCAGUUAAUCGUCGCAUACAGGGAUCGAGCGUUUCGCCGUCAAGUUUUCCGAGUCCGCAAGCUAGUCCGCAAGAUGAUCGUCAUCGGGAGCUGGACGACCUGCUGUCCGAUAUGAUGCUUACUGUGCAGGGCAUUCCGGACGUUGGCCAAAAAGCAGACCAAACAGACCAUCACCAACCCCAGCAGCAGCAGCAGCAUCAUCAUCAUCACCAUCAUCAUCACCAGAAUCCCAACGAUCACUUCGUCAAUACCAACACCGACACGAUCAAGCGCUCGCAUUCGGCCCAGCUGCCGCCGGUAACAGCAGCGCGCGAGGACAACCGCUCACGUACGCCCUUAACGGUGAGUGACUACUCACCAUCUGCAGCAGCAGCAUCAGCCGCCGCGAAAGAGCGCGAGCUCCUGAUGUACGAAACGUCCAGCACGACGACAACACUCACGCCACCCCCAAGCGAGAGCGGUCGCGAAACGCCACUGCUGAGUGCGUACGCAUCGGGCGGCACGAUUCGCGAACGCGACCUGCAAAAUAUAAAUAACAAUAAUCUGACGCCAGCGGAGCGCGAGCUCAUCAUGAGCGUGCAGCGCCAUCAGCAUCAGUCGCUUGCGUAUCCUCGACCGGCACGGUCGACCACGGGAGCAUCGGAACGGUUUACCUCGGACGACGACGACGAUCUGCUCGGUGGCGGAAGCGGCGGCCAGAUACCGUACCACGCGCGGGAAGACUCGCGCCCGUUCACGUACGGCAACAUACCGGCCAGCGGUGCACCGCAGCAUCCGCCGGCCGCCACCAUGAUCAAGAUGCAGUCGGGCCUGUCGAGCCCGUCGAUGGUGCGGAAGGCGCUCGGGACGCCAACGGCCGGCCGGAAAACGGCCACCCUGCCGCGCAACGAGUUCGAGGAAAUGUUGCGCGAACGGCGCGAAAAAGUGCUCAGUGAAAAGUACACGAUCGGCGAUCAGUCGCCGGGUGGGGGCACGGGCGGUAUCAUGGUCAGCGACACCAUCAACAACAACAGUAACGGUGGUGAUGGCCGGUGGACGUAUCAGCAGCAUCACACGGUGAAAACGGUCACCACGCAGGGUGCGGCCCCAGCGGCCAACGGAUAUCCGGCCCACGAACCGCUCAAGCGGUCCAACACCAUGGACGGUAGCUUCGGGCGUCAGUUCUCCAACGAAGGCAUAUCCGGUCAGUCAUGGCUGCAACUUCAGCAGCAAAAGCUACGAGCCCGCCGGGAGCAGCAGCGGCGAGAACAUUCGAAUAGUUUUAGUUACAACUACGGCAGUCCGGCAUUCCCGACCGGCGAAAACGUCUACAGCACAACGCAUCGGCGCAGCCAAACACUGUCGCCGGUACGAAACGAUCGGAACUAUCACACCCUGACGACCACCAGGACCCAUUCGACGGAGCGUCCGUUUGUGGCGGUACAGCGAGCACACGAAAAUGCGAAGCUCCAGACAAUUGGGAAUGCACCAAUGUCCAUUUUGAAUGCCUCACCGCACGGUCACAUUGCACAAGCACAAACAGCAUCCUCACCAUCGCCGUCGUCUACGCACACGACGGUAUCGUCCCCGUCACCGGCACCACCGUCGACAGGCAACUCGGUAUCGAUCACGCACCAUCAUCAUCAUCAUCAUCAUCAGACGGUCAAUGGAAGUAGUAGUGCGGCCAGUAGCCCAGUCAAUGAUCAGCAACAUGCGGCGACACCACCGCAACAGCAUCGGCACACCAACGGCAAUGGCGCUCACUAUCAGUCGCAGCAGCAGCAGCUCAACAGCAGCCUGAACGGUAGCAGUGGACUGCUGUCCCUAGCCGAGCAGGAUCAUUCAACUCCGAAACACGGACAGGUUCGAUUGGAGUCCGAACAGAUAAUAUUCAGUAACAUAAACAGUCUGAAUAAUCUCGAUAACUGCGAAAAGCUCAAUAACCUGCUAAACGAAAUAACCAACAGUGCGGCGGCUGUGGCGUCCGUUGCGUCGUCGGAACCGCCGACCCAAACCGUGGAAAGCCAAGCAUGCAUUAGCCCUAACACUACUACUUCCAGUGUAACUACCAACAGCUCGUCUUCAUCCUCCAUGUCCGCUAAUAGUGCUCCAAGUCUCACUAAUCACAACAACACCCAUCAUGUAAUCGACUCGUACCAUCAUCACCACCAUCAUAAACUUCAUCAAACGUCGGACUACUGUCACCGAAAUGGGCACAAAGCACCGCGAGAACAGGAACCGAUGGAACUGUCCUCGCCGGACGGUAGUGUAGAUGAGAAACCGGUCACUCAACCACCGGCAGCCGGCAUUGAGCGAAGGAAUGGUCAUGCGAACGACGCCUCCACCGCGAAUGUGAUGGGGCAUGGGCAGCUUGCGCUGGACAAGCUGCUCGCCUCACUAGCACUGGAGAGUGACGUUACGGAGGAGCAUUUGGCCAAGAUCGAUGGUCACAGUAACACCAACACCACCAACGGGUGCUAUCCGGAACAGCGGCCCACGGUUCACUUUCAUCCUUCGCGCGAACUUUCAGACGUGUUGGCAAAUCUGGCCGAGUACGAUCUGAGCGAAACGCAGCGCAAUGGCAACCUGUACCACUAUCAGCAACAUCAGAACGCCUCCUCGUCCGCUGAUACCGCGAACGGCAAUUAUCGUCUGUAUCCGACCCACGGGCUAGAGUUGGUGAACGGUGGUUACACGCUAAGCAAUGGUCACCACCAACAGCCCGGCCAAGUACAGCGCAGUACCAGUCGAAGUAGCAACGAGACAGGAGUUGCUCAGCAGUCGUCGCAGCAACAGUCACAGAACGGCUCUCCAAACAUACAGCAACAGCAGCAACAUCACCAUCAUCAUCCCCAUCAUCCGUUACUAAUGAAUAACCAUGUGCGACGCAUUGCUUCCGAAACCGACAGUACCAUCUCAUCCAUUUCGCCUAGCUUAUCCGAACGCAGCAAUGCGAUCUCUUGGUGCGAUCAGGCACGCGAAGAAUCUUUCUCAUCGUACCGCUCGGAAACGGAACCGGACAACUCACCGAUGGGUGGAUCACCGCGCCCUGAAACGCCGGCCUUCCCUGUAACGCCACGCACACCGUACGGGCUGAGCAAUGGUACCUCCAGUCCCGCUCUACCGCCCAAGAGUCCGACAUCACAACGACGAUAUAACUCCGCUUGGUCGCUACGAAGCCAGAAAUCCAGUGUUUCGACCUACGACGUGAGCAAGGACCUGUUCAGUGCUGGCAACCAGCGAACGCAAGAGAUCGUCAACCAGAACGAAACCCUCUCCUGCUACACAUCGCGCCGCAAUUCAACCACCUCGAACGCGAACAGCGAACCGCAGGAGGUGGCCCCGCAGUUUGUCAAGUUUGCCCGCGACUCAUCCAAAUACUGGUACAAGCCAAAUAUUAGCCGCGAGGAAGCGAUCGCCCUACUGCGCAAUGCCGCACCCGGCACGUUUAUUGUGCGCGAUUCGACCACGUUCGCGAACGCGUACGGUUUGGUGGUGAAGGUAAAUCAUCCACCACCCGGCGUCCAGUACACCGGACCGAACAGUGAGGAGCUGGUGCGACACUUCCUGGUGGAGCCAACGAUCCGCGGCGUCCGGUUGAAGGGCUGUGCCAAUGAGCCCGUGUUCACCUCACUGUCUGCGCUGGUGUAUCAGCAUUCGAUAACGCCCCUAGCCCUGCCGUGUCGGUUGAUCAUCCCCGAUAUGGACCUUCAACAAAUGGAGCAUCAGACACCGGCGCAGCAGCAAUUGCUUCAGCAAGGUGCAGCCUGCAAUGUGCUAUAUUUGUUCACCUGCGACACAGAGUCACUCACAGGACCACAAGCAAUAAGGAAGGCAGUCAGCUCGUUGCUUGCGCUACGACCGCUUCCGAAACCAACGCAAGUGCACUUCAAGGCCUCUCUGCAGGGAAUUACACUGACCGACAACACGCGACAGUUGUUCUUUAGACGGCACUAUCCAUCGAACAAUGUGUCAUUCUGUGCGCUCGAUCCAGACGACCGUCGAUGGAGCAUUCAGUCGACCACCGGGGAUAUUCCCGCUUCAAAGCGCAUGUUCGCGUUCGUUGCGAAGCGAUCGCCCUCGUCGGCAGACAACCAGUGUCACGUGUUCUGCGAGCUGGAACCAACGCAACCGGCGGCGGCCAUCAUACAGUUCGCCAACAAGGUGCUCACCGGUACCAGCCAACAGCCAGCAGUUACCAGAGCAAUCUAAUA